AAGAGAGGGUCAAUGGCCCUCAAUUCCACAUCAGAAAUGAAUCUUACAUCGAGGAAAGGAGGGUCUUGCAUGUGCUUAUAAGUAGUUAAUGAAGUUCACAAUCAUCUACUCCUAACCACAAACUGAGGAAGCUAUUAGCAUUUGAAACCUCCGGUUUCCUCUCUCUCACCAUGGCUGCCAUAAGAAUGCUACCCUUUACAUCUAAUUUAUUCACAGUAUUUCUAGUUGUUGGCUUUUUCUGUGUAGUUUGCAGUGCUAAGGAUGAUCGUCAUCAAUGUGCACCUUCUUCCUGUGGAAUCAUCCCCAACAUAAGCUACCCUUUCCGACUGAAACAUGACCCGCACAACUGUGGUGACCAAAGGUAUAACCUGUCUUGUGAGAAUAAUCGAACAGUAUUGUACUUGUAUUCAGGAAAAUACUAUGUCCAAUCAAUCAAUUAUGAUAACUACACAAUCCGAAUUGUGGACGUCAAUCUUCGUGAGGGUGACUGCUCUUCAAUGCCUCAUCACUCGUUAGCAGAAUACAACUUCGAUAACCAAAUUGCUGGAGGUCAUCCAUAUAGUAUUUGUCAAAUUGCAGGUAAAACGAGAUGGAACCCUUAUCUCUUUGAUCAAACAGAUUGCGUAGAACUAUCGAAGCCUAUAAUUUUCAUGACCUGUGAAACCCAAGUAAAUUCUCCGCUCUAUGUGGAUACUUCCCCUUGCACUAGUCUUAUGAGUAGCUUAAGUGGGUAUGUUUUUGUUAAGAUUGGUCAUUUAAAUGCCUCGGAUAUGAGGGAUUUGUGCCGAAUAGAUCUUACAGUUGCAACAUCGUGGCCUGGUGCAAACGACAUGAAUAUCUCCUAUGUAGACAUCCACAAAGAGCUAGUCUAUGGGUUUGAACUUUCAUGGUUGCAGGGCAAAAGAAGAUUUUAUAGUCGGCGGAGUAUUUGCUACAUCGAUUACAACACAGGGAAAGCAGCUUGUAGUUUUAACGUAACAUAUGUCCUUCCAGCAAGAACUGUACUCGGCAUUCCAUGUGUGAUUGGGCUUUUAAUCUAUAAAUGGAAAAAGCGGCACCUAUCAAUGUACGUCCUAAUUGAAGAAUUCUUACAAAGUCACAACAACCUCAUGCCCAUAAGGUACUCCUACUCGGACAUCAAGAAAAUGACCAGAGGAUUCAAGGAAAAAUUGGGCGAAGGAGGUUACGGCUCUGUCUACAAAGGAAAGCUUCGUAGCGGCCGCUUCGUGGCAAUUAAGAUGCUGGGUAAAUCUAAAGCUAAUGGACAAGAUUUUAUCAAUGAAGUUGGUACCAUCGGAAGGAUUCAUCAUGUAAAUGUGGUGCAACUAAUUGGCUACUGUGCUGAGGGAUCAAAGCGUGCUCUUGUAUACGAGUUCAUGUCAAAUGGAUCUCUUGAUAGACACAUAUUUCCUAAAGAAGGACUCAUCUCCUUGAGUUGCAAGAAAACUUUCGAAAUUUCAGUUGGUGUUGCUCGUGGUAUCAGUUAUCUACAUCAAGGAUGUGACAUGCAGAUUUUGCAUUUUGAUAUCAAGCCUCACAACAUUCUUCUCGACGACAAUUUUGUUCCAAAGGUUUCAGAUUUUGGGCUAGCCAGACUUUGUCCAUUAGAUGAUAGUAUCUUAACGUUGACGGCAGCAAGAGGAACUAUCGGAUACAUAGCUCCUGAGUUGUUCUACAAAAAUAUUGGAGGUGUGUCUAACAAAGCAGACAUCUAUAGUUUCGGAAUGCUACUGAUGGAAAUUGCAGGUAAAAGAAAGAAUUUGAAAGCAGAUGUAGCACAUUCAAGCCAAAUUUACUUUCCGUCAUGGGUUUUUGACCAAUUCAGCGAAGGAAACGACAUAGAAAGUGAAGAUGCCUCGGAAGAAGAAAAUCAAAUAACAAAGAAGAUGCUUAUUGUUGCUCUAUGGUGCAUCCAAAUGAAGCCUAGUGAUCGUCCUACUUCGAUGAACAAAGUACUAGAGAUGCUCGAAGGAGAAAUCGAGUCCCUUGAAAUGCCUCCAAAGCCUUUCCUAUAUCCACAAGAGAAACCAAUAAUGGAUGAUGAAGAUGAUUCAGAAACAACAUGGUCAUCAGAACCAUCGAAAGAUGACGUGGAAGAGCACCAAGUUUAAUUCAAAAUGUUGAGGAAAUAAUGUAGCACAAGUUAGUCUGCAUAACGUCUGGGUAUAGUUACGUUGGCUAGAAGUUUAUGUUCCU